GUCGGGCGGCUCACACCGGGUCCCGCCGCGCACGCAGCGCUCUCUCUCCGCAGCCCCGCUCCUCGGCAGCCUUUCCCCGGCCCCUCCGCCACCGCGAAGCCAUGGAGCUGCUCCGCGGGGCCGCGCUCCUGCUGCUGCUCUGCGCCGCUGCCUGCGCUCAGGACGAGUGUAGCUGUGCGAAGAACAAACGCGUCUCCCACUGCAAGCUGACCAACAACGUCUGCACCUGCAACGCCAUCGGAUCCAACAUGCCCGUCAACUGCGAGACCUUGACUUCCAAAUGCCUGUUGAUGAAAGCUGAAAUGACAAACACAAAGUCGGGCCGCCGUGAGAAACCCAAAGAUGCGUUUCAAGAUACUGAUGGUCUUUACGAUCCCGAGUGUGAAAAUACUGGUAUCUUCAAGGCAAAGCAGUGCAAUGGAACCACCUGUUGGUGUGUGAACACGGCCGGUGUUAGAAGAACUGACAAAUAUGACACAGACUUGAAAUGCAAUCAAUUAGUCAGGACGACGUGGAUCAUCAUUGAAGUGAAGCACACUGAGAGAAAAACUCCUCUGAACGCUGACGCUUUAGCAAAACUUAUUAAGGAUACAAUUAGCAGUCGUUACAUGUUGGAUGGACGCUAUAUAACUGGUGUUGUGUAUGAAAACCCCUCCAUCACUAUUGAUUUGAAGCAAAAUUCCUCAGACAAAUCCUCUAGAGAUGUGGACAUAGCUGAUGUUGCCUACUACCUUGAGAAAGAUGUAAAAGGUGAUUCCGUCUUUCUUAACAACCCGCUGAACAUGAGUAUUGAUAAUGAACCGCUGGUGUUACAGAACCCGUUGGUUUACUAUAUUGAUGAAGUACCGCCGGAGUUUUCCAUGAAGUCUCUGACUGCUGGCGUUAUUGCUGUCAUUGUUAUCAUAGUACUAGCAAUAGUUGCUGGGAUUAUUGCUCUGGUUCUCACAAGAAGGAGGAAAGGGAAGUACGUGAAAGCAGAGAUGAAGGAAAUGAAUGAAAUGCAUAGAGGACUGAACGCAUAACUGGAAUCGGCUGAAGACAGAGUGUGAUUCAGACAAGAAGACAACAGAAACAAGGGAGGCGUAGAUCCUUAACUCUUGAAAGAUUCUUCCUGAAGAGGAGUCAGUUGUGCUCACUUAAUGAUUGUUAAAAUAAGCCUAGACCAAAAAGAAGCCUAGACCAGCGACCUUGAUACUUUUGUUAUUUGUUGAGAGUUCAAUGCCCUGUUUUUACUCUAGUCCAACUAUCACUCCCUGAUUUUUGUCAUGAGAUGUGCUGACAGCUGCUGCUACUGCACUUCUGGAGCAUCAAUGUUUUAAAUAGUUCUUUUAGUCCUGUGGGAGGUGUUUUUUAAAACCAAUGAUUUUAUAGCCGUGUCACGAUGACGAUUUGGCUCGUGUGUAAUGGAACAUGGCUUUGUUUUUAUGGCAAUUUGUACAUAUUUGAACUAGCUGUAACCUUUUUUCUUUUUUUUAUGACGAAACAAUAAAACUUUGAAACGGGCUUUUCA